AUGACUUUACGCUUGAUUUUGUGGGAUAUAUUCGCUCACUGUUUACUGGUCGAGAAUACUGUUAUGAUUCUGCGUACUAAAUCUGGUCAAAAUCAACUUCCAACAAUGGGGAAAGCAGGAAGAGAUUGGACUCAGAUCUAUGCAAUAUACGGCAUGGAAGAUUGGCACACACCGAUUUUUCUCUUGAUCCAUGCGAUUGUCUUCUCCGCUUCAUCACUCGUAUUCCUUCUAUACUUCAACUGGAUCUGCUACUCCUUCGAAUCAAUCCUCCCGUCAGUAUUUUCAACCAGUAUCGCUAGAUUCACCGCGGGUUUCACCGGCUCCGUCACAGCUCUCUCCGCCGUCUGCCUCUUCUACGCCGCCGGCAACAUGUUCUACUCCUCCGUCGCCCUUCGCUGGGACAUGGCCCAACGCAUGGUCAGCGCCGUCCACGACUGGUCCACCGUGAAGACCGUACUCGACGUCGGCUGCGGCCGCGGCAUCCUCCUCAACGCCGUCGCAAUGCAGCUCAAAAAAGAAGGCAGCUCCGGCCGAGUCGUCGGUUUAGACCGUAAAAACACAACUUUAUCAACCCUAAGGACGGCAGGAAUGGAAGGCGUACAGGAAUACGUGACCUGCCGUGAAGGAGACGCGCGUAGGCUACCAUUUCCGGACAACUACUUCGACGUGGUGGUGUCGGCGGGGUUUGUUCACAAAGUCGGGAAGGAGUUCGGGCCGAAAACAGCGGCGGCAUCGGCGGAGAGGAUGAGAGUGGUGGGGGAGGUGGUGAGGGUGUUGAAGGAAGGCGGAGUAGGGGUGGUUUGGGACAUGGUUCACGUACCGGAGUACGUUCUCCGGCUACAAGAACUGAAAAUGGAGGAGAUCAGAGUAUCGGAGCGGGUAACGGCGUUCAUGGUGAGCAGCCACAUCGUGUCGUUCCGGAAACCCAGCCAUCAGCACGUGAUGGGUCCCACUGAAGUGAGAUUGGAUUGGAGAUUCCACAAUAUCUGUUGAAUUAUUAAAUCCGGAAAAAAAAAGAUAAAAAACAAUAUCCACCAAGCUUAUUUUAAUAGAAAAUAUUUAUAUACGUAUAAAUAAUAAGAUAUAUAUAAUUAACUAAUUAAUAUUAGAGUUUGAUGUGUUAGGAAAAUACGAGGAAUGUAAAAGGUCUGGUG